AUGGCCGCGUACGUAAAGCAGCUUAACAUGGUUGACCGAUUCCUCUGGCUUGGUAAACACCGCCUCCUUCGGCCCAAAGUCAAACCGAAGGGAUCAAAGGACACUAACAGAAGAACUACUGAUAUGGCUCCUGGUGGAAUCAAACAUCGAUCUAAGAGAGUUUUUGUAGAGCAACAUCCUACUAGAAAUACAAGGUCAAAGAAAAGCAUUGCUCAGCCUGGCACGAGUCCAACACCAAGUGACGUCGCACCUCCAUUGCUAUCUCAUGUGAGCCAACCUGGAGAAGUUGGUGGCAGCGUUGAAGGCCACAGACAAACUAGUGUUGAAGCUAAUGGCUCUACCCAGAUUGACAACAACUACAUGGGCAAUGGAAAUGAUGGCUUUGCCCAGUUUGUCGAUAGCAUGACCAACCAAGGUGAAGGCCUUACCCAGUCUAGUGGAGAGAACCAGAUUGGAAAUGAAGUAGUAAAUGAGCGUCGGGAAAGGGGAGUUAAUAUGGGACAUGGUCUCCAAAGGAUGAAUCUAUCUCGACGUGGCAAACUGCCAGUGGUCAUUACUGAAGGAAGGAUAAGGCCUGUGGUACCAAUUGUUGCUGCAAAGUUUGCAACUGAAUGCAACAUUGCAGUGAGGAACCAUGUACUUGUGCUUAAGCAUUGGAAGGAAUACAAGAACCAACUUGGGCUCUUUGAGUUGUUUAAAGGAAAACUCAGUGCAAAGUUUGAUAUCAAUACAAGUGAUGCGGCAGUUGAAAAGGCUUGUUCUCAAAUGAUGAAGAAUGCACUACGCCAACAACGAUAUAGGUUGAAUAAAAAGUAUUUUGAUCCUUUUCCGCUACAUAUGGUGAGGAAAACAUCUCCUAUCAAAUCAGUGUCUGAUAAACAGUGGAAUGACCUUGUGGAAUAUUGGAAAGAUCCUAAAAGGAUGGAGGCAAGUGAAAAGUGCAAAGAAAGCCGAAGCAAAGUUAAGUUCCAUCAAACAACUGGGUCUCGUAGCUACAUGGUUCAUGUAGAAAUUUUGGGCGAUAAGUACAUAGAUCAAGAACCAGAUGCAUUGGAUUUGUUCAAGGAGUGCCACUACAGCAAGAAAAAGAAAGGCUACACUUCUACCGUACAGCUAGCUAUUACUCAAAUGGAAAACAAGCUAUCUACACCAGUAGAAGGUGAACAACCCAUGUCUACGACUCAGGCUGUAGCUGAUGUGCUUGCUGAGAACGCGAAGAAGAAUAAGUUCCUUCAGAAUGCGGGGAUCCAAAAUGCACAGCCUAGAUCUAGUGCACAGAUUAUUGAAGCACAACUAGAAGUGGAGAGGACGGCAAAUGCUGAGCUUCGAUCACUUGUCAACAUCCAGCAUGAACAGAUGGAUGUAUUGACAAAGCAAGUGCAUGAAGCUGAACUGGCAAGGAUAAGAGAGCAAGAGGAGAUGAAGAAGAAGCAAGAUGCCAUGGAUGCAAAACUUGAGCUUAUGCUACGUCAGAUUCAACCAAGUUAAGCUAACUGGUAUGGGGUGUCAGUCUUUGAUGGAACUGCUAUUUUGCUGCUACAAUUGCAUGCAUUAUUUUGAUGGAUAAGUAGAUUUCAAUCCUUUUUUUGGCUGGUGGUGCUGGAGAGGCUUAAGUGCCAUAUGCAAUGGAUUGGAUACUUAGUGUAAUGACAUGAUGGAUACAAUUGUGGCAUAUUUUGGUUUGAUGGUAUGUUGAAACAUCAGUUUGUUAUGAUGUGACGUUGUAACAGAAUUUAAUAUAUCAUCAGUUUCAGGAUUAUCUUUAAA